GGAGGAAUGAAGGUGUCGGCCGCAGGCUAUUAUCAACCUGCUGCAAUUGGUCUGAUGGUGCCACAGUGCGUUUUCAUUGCUUGAAGACAAGGCAUGGCUGGGAAGCCUUUCCGGGCCACUUAUAUCUGGAGCAGCAUCAUCUCCAAUCUCCACACUCAUGUGGAGGUCAAGCGCCGGCGCCACAACCUCAAGUCCUACCAUGACUGCUUCCUGGGCUCAGAGGCAGUGGAUGUGGUGUUGGCACACAUCACCCUCAACCGUUUCUUUGGCGAUGAGGCAGUGCCUCGCUACAAGGCCGUCCGUCUUUGCCAGGCCCUGAUGGACUCGAGGGUGUUUGAGCCCGUGGGCAUUAAAGUAUUCGGGAAGGAAAAGAAGAGGGCAACGUUUGAGGACAGUAGUUGCAGUUUGUACAGGUUCCUGAGCCCGGCAACCAGCUCCUCAUCAUCGCUGACCAACGCCAACUCUCACUCCACUAGUACCAUCGAGAGCGGCUAUGACUCACCGAGCAUGAACAGGAACAAGAACAGCUAUAGUCCGUCACGUGAAAGACAAGAGGUGCUGGGCUACUCCACCCACUCCCCUGUAACAACAGACAAAACAAUGGAGGACGUGCUGGGAAACCUCAACCUGGGCUCGACCAUCACCCCUCAGAUGAUCAACCUCGGCCUCUCACAAGAGCGUGUGGAUGAGGUGUGGCACCAGCAGGCAGUGUUCAGGCUGUUGCAGCUGAUAGAGCUCCCCCUACUGGAGAACUUAUUAGAGGGCAAGGACGCAUCUCGGCCUCCCCUGCAUGGCACAGACAGUGACCCAGACCUGUUGUACACAUCCAGCUACCUAGACCGAGAGGUCCUCAAGGCCUUCAGCGAAGCCCAGGCUGAUGAGUGGAUGUCAGGGGCAGUGGACUGUCUGGAGUUUCUGCCUGAUGAACUAGUGGUUGAGGUCAGUCGAGGUUUGGCUGCUUGUGCAAACGACGUGGUCCAGUGUAAGAGGCUGCUCUAUGAGGUCCUGGCUCAGCAUUACGGACACACACAACAGCCACCACUGCUCAGCAACCACGUCUUCGACAUUCACUCUGGCAUCUCGGAAUUACUCGUGAACGGCAAGCAGGAGCAAGCUCUGGAGGCUCUGCAGCUGAGCCUGAAGCUGCAGGACUCUCGCAGCAGGGAGGAGCUACGCAGACUGCUGAGAUUCAUGGCCACUGCAGCCAAACCACAGGAGGUCAAACUGCACAAAGAGAUUGAGAACAGAAUGGCGGUGAAGAGGUCUUUCUCAAGUGCCAUCGUCUACAGCAGAAGACUCUCCAAAGGAAAGGUGGACUUGAUGGUUCUGUUUAUGAUGGAUAACCACUGUGAUCUUUUCAAAAUUCCUGUUUCCUUGCACAAGAUGGUCAGUGACAGAAUAGUGAACAUUGUGAAAGGGAAGGAUCCAGAUAUGAUAACAGGGUCGACAUUCUGCACAAGACUGAGUGCUAAGGCCUAUUCAGAAAAUGCACAGAAAACCACCAAAGAAGAACUUUGGUCCUUACUCCGGACAGUCCACGAGGACCCAAAACUCUCCGCCAGAGAAAAGAGACGGCUGCUGGGACAGUUUUAUAAAGGCCAUCCAGAGAUUUUUGUUCAGUACUUUGGAAAUAGAUUGUCCAGUAUCAACAUGUUGCUACAGUAAUAUUUAUUAGAUCAUGUAUCAUAAUGUAAAAAGACAUAGAUGUAAGAAGAAAAUCUGAUACGAUGAUGUGCGGUAUAGUAAGUGGAUUUUCUUUGCUUGUAUGUAAAUUGUUUAAACUACUGAAAAAGAAUGUGAAUUUUAAUUGUAGAGACUCUUAAUAAGCUGCGAUAUUUAAGGACAUAUUUACUUUUUACAUGUCUUAAAUUUAAAAAAAAUAUUUUCUUUGGUGCAGGACACUAACAUGAAAUGACUGUCAGUUAUAUGUGAGACUGUUACUUUCCCAGAACGACAAAGAGAACCAUGUGUUCCUGAAAGCUUUUUUGUUUUGUUUUGUUUUCACACUGCAAUGCGUCUUGAUGACGUUCUGUAUCUGCAAGCCAGUAAGGACAAGUCUGCAUGUCACUUUUCAAUGGAUGUAUUCUCUGUGCUUGUGCAAUAGGAACAAUGUUAGAAUUAGAAAAUGUGUCUGUUCAUGUGGUUUCUCAUAUACAGUGCGAUGCACAGACUGAGGAACCAUCAAACGGAAAUUUGAACCUGCAAAUCUGAAAGUCUAAUGAUGUGCUGUAGUAAACAGUCAGAGGCAUUCAUGAGAAUCAGCCCUCUGGGGGUUUGUGUUUGUUGCUACAAAUCAGCAAAACAGAUGUUUGUAAUUUUUUUUUUUGACUGAAAACCUUAACCAUAGCUGCGUUUUAGCUGCAUUUUCAAGGUUCUGUUUGAAAUAAGGUUUUGUGCCCCUCUCUAAUCACCUGAGGAAAUCGCUUCCGCAUCUCCAGGUGACAGAAGCAUUCCAGGACUAACUUUAAGCCGCACACAUUUUGCCAGGUCUUGAUAAAAUUCAGCUGAAAUUCAUUCAUACAUGUAGGUUACCCCUUUUUUCAUUGGAGACACAAAAUGUGUAUGUGCUGAUAAAAAGAAAACAAAUUCCAUCUGGAUUGCCCAGAAAUGUGUCUAUCAAACACAAAUAUUAUUCAAUAUUGUGCUCAUUUUGAGACAGAGCUUUAUGGCCCAGGCCUAUUUAAACACAAGCCGAGCAGUGGACAUGGCUUUUUCUGUCAAAUACAGUUGCAAAUACAGUCACCUCCAUAUGUGUUACUGAGAGUGGGCUUUAGGUGCUCUGUCAACUAAUGAAGCUGUAAAAACUGACAUCCAUACACACACUGUGUAUCUCUAAA